AUGGCGGGCGAAACGUACGCCAUUGCCACGUGCUUCCUGAUCUUCGUGUCGCUGAUAAUCGCCAAUGGGCAACUGUUAACCAAAAAGCAUCGAACUCACGCAGCUUCUAAACGCGAAAACGAUUUAUGGUGUUAUCAGUGCGACACGAUGGAAGAUGGAGAUAGAUGCUCCAAUAUCACCGGAAAUUACAGCGCUUUCCAGCACAAGUGCACUGGUGACAAAAGGACCUGUAUGGUGAAACGAUUUUCCUAUACCACCAGCACGGAAAAUUCAACAUCUAGUCCUCAAACUUGGUCAGUGGAGAGAAACUGUACCAUCAAAUGCGAGCCUGGAUGUAUAGUGAUCGGCGAACGUACAAAACUAUCUGUUUGCACCACUUGCUGCGAAACCUCGUUUUGCAACAUCGGUACCGGCGCGGCGAAUGAUUUCACGAUGAAAAGGAUCGAUCUGCUUCUAGCUCUAAUGUUGCAAAUUACGUUAACCGUCAUCAUGUAUCCAUCGUGA